GUCGCAAGUUGCCGCGCGAGGCCUCCAGGAUUUUCCUCAUAACAAACAGAUGGUCGUCGGUGUUGCCAGGCGGGAAUUAUCCCAAUGGCCUGCGGCCCUAAUCGCCAUUGGGCCCAGGUUGUGGAUCAGAGUUCUCAGGGAUGCGUCUUUGUGUGCCUUCGGAGGGCUCCCAGGGCGCUCUUGUCUCCGAAGAAUCAUGCGGAAAAAAGCGCCGAAGAACAGCGGGAGACAUGCCACAAACUAUAGAAAUGUGUUACAUUCAGGCAUGAUGACUGAGGAUUACAAUGGACCUGAGGCCACUUCGACUCGUGCCUCGCGGCACGGUGGCGGAUCCGUAACCACCGCCUGAGGGAUCGAUCUUCGGAGCCUCGGCAGUCGGUGAAUCUGGAUAUCUUCGGUGAUCCACCGCCCCUUGAAGUGUCGGGACGUCAGUUCCCCAGGCGGUGGAUCUGGAUCAAUCCCUGCCUCGCAUAUGUGUGGCCUGGCGAACCGACGGAUGAUUAAUUGGGAGACCGUGGCGCCGAAAGAAGUAGCCAAGCCCUACACAGGGCAGGAGUUCAAAGACGCUCCUGGGGAGGAUUAGGUAGUCCAUUCAGCUGCACAGAAAAGUUGUCUCUUUGUCUUCUUCGUCUUCAUCCGCGCGAUCCACCCCACUGUCAUCGACGCGUGCAAGACUGCCGGAGCGGACAGCAGCAGGAGAUGUAUGUGUGUCCACCGCAGGGUCCAUGAGCAUUGCUUGGUACACGGGCGGCAGAAGUUGAUCUGGAAGCCUGCAGCACUCAGCGCAUUCACAUUUCUCGGUGUCCUCUUUGGCAUCGGUGACUUCCUAGAGGUGCGAAGCAUGGCGUCAUUAUCGGGCGGUGCCUACCAAAUCUUGUUGCAGUCCAGGCUGAUUACCGCUCUGAUGUGUUGGUAUUUCAAUGGCACUGGCCAGACUUCAUUGCAGUGGAACCUGCUGGCAUUGGUGGCAAUUUCCAUGAUCGCGUACAUGUGCAUCGACGUGGACUCAGAGAAACUUCACAGCGGUGCCACGGUUGAUGGCAUUUUCAAUGUUGCCACGAAGGGAAGCAUUUCUUGCUUGGUUGCCGUCUUACUCGAAAAGUAUUCUAAGAAGCUUAGGGCGAAGUAUGGAACGCAACCCGUGUACAUUCAGACUCUUCAGCAGCGCCUCUCCAGAUUGUUGAUCUUGACGCUGCUCGUCAUCGUGGAAGGUAAGGCCUGGCAAAACGGUUUUUGGGGCGGUCUGAAUGCAUAAACGGUAGGUGUUGCGCUCUCGCACAUGAUGAAAGCAUGGAGCACCGUCUGCUUCCUUGUCUACCUUGACGCCGUGCUGAAUGAUACUGGAGAGGCAAUAGCAGUGCUGGCGACUUAUCUCAUGGAGGUGAUGUUGCCAAUCUUCGACACGAACUUUCACUUCACGCCGCUCUUGGUGGUGAUGAUUGUCAUGCUCUCUGUCAGUGCGUACCUGGGCUCUUUCAAUCUGAUCGCCAAGGCAAACCAGUAUGACGAUUUGAAGAAGUAUGGCGUGCUGAUCCUUGCUUAGGGCGCGCAGGUUGUUCGACUCGUCUGAGUUGCGUACAGUUUAGAUGCCAGUCGCGCAUGUGCUCUGGGCGCAGGUGGCAGUCUGCGCCGAUUUUAGGGUGUUGCAAGUAUGUCGAAU